UAAAUAUCUCCAUAAAAACCAAAUGAAUCUAACACACACAAAAUUAAAGCAAAGUAAAUUUAGAUAAAAGAUUAUGGAGAAGUUAACUCUAGUGGUAGCUUUCUUGCUUCUUUCAUCAAUCUAUAUCCAACCUCUCACCGCGCAGUCCAUUUGUCCAGGGGUUAAAAAGGAUACAUGGCCAGAACUUCUUGGAGUACCAGCAAAGUUGGCUAAGAGAAUAAUUCAGAAGGAAAAUCGAAGACUAACUAAUAUUCCAAAUGUACUCAAUGGUUCUCCAGUAACAAAGGAUCUUAGAUGUAAUCGAGUUCGUCUUUUUGUUAACGUGUUGGACUAUGUUGUACAAACUCCCCGAGUUGGUUAAUUUGGAGAGAAAAUUUACUCAUAUCGAGUGUUUAUAUAUGUGUCUGUUUAGCCUCAAGAAAAUAAAUUGGAGUUGUAUGGUUAAUGCUCCAUGCAUGUAAUAUACUAUUUGGUGAUAAACAAGUGUGUGUUUAAAUAAAUCUUUUUUUUUUAAAACGAA